AUGCUGCCCCGAGGGCGCCCCCGGGCGCUGGGGGCCGCCGCGCUGCUGCUGCUGCUGCUGCUGCUGCUGCUGUUGCUGAUCGGAUUCUUCCUGCUUGGUGGGGACCUGGAAUGUGAGCGCCGGCAGCAGGAGGGGCCAGGAUGCUGUCCCUGCCCGCUCACGCCACGUGUGCCCCCAGACGGGCGGCUGCGGGGAGCUGCUGCCCUCGAUGGAGACCCGCCCGCCAACCGCGGGGGCCACAACCGCUCCGACUGCGUCGCGCAGCCGGCGCUGCCGCCCAGGUGCGAGCUCUUGCACGUGGCCAUCGUGUGUGCGGGACAUAACUCCAGCCGCGAGGUCAUCACCCUGCUGAAGUCCAUACUCUUCUACAGGAAAAAUCCACUGCACUUCCACUUGGUGACUGAUAUGGUGGCCAGAAAUAUCCUGGAGAUGCUCCUCCACACGUGGAUGGUGCCUGCUGUCAGGGUCAGCUUCUAUGAUGCUGAGGAGCUCAAGCCCCAGGUCUCCUGGAUCCCCAACAAGCACUACUCUGGCCUCUAUGGGCUGAUGAAGCUCAUGCUGCCUGGCGCCCUGCCCCCUGACCUGGCCCGAGUUAUUGUCUUGGACACAGAUGUCAUCUUUGCGUCUGACAUUGCGGAGCUCUGGGCACUCUUUGCUCACUUUUCUGACAAACAGGUGAUUGGUCUCGUGGAGAACCAGAGCGACUGGUACCUGGGCAACCUAUGGAAGAACCACAGGCCCUGGCCUGCCUUGGGCCGGGGAUUUAACACAGGUGUGAUCCUGCUGUGGCUGGACCGGCUUCGGCAAGCUGGCUGGGAGCAGAUGUGGAAGCUGACAGCUCAGAGAGAGCUCCUCACCCUUCCUGCCACCUCCUUGGCUGACCAGGACAUCUUCAACGCUGUCAUCAAGGAGCACCCAGGGCUGGUGCAGCCCCUGCCCUGUGUCUGGAACGUGCAGCUGUCGGACCACACGCUGGCUGAGCGCUGCUAUUCUGAGGCGUCUGACCUCAAGGUGAUCCACUGGAACUCGCCAAAGAAGCUGCGGGUGAAGAACAAGCAUGUGGAAUUCUUCCGCAACUUCUACCUGACCUUCCUGGAGUACGAUGGGAACCUACUGCGGAGACAGCUCUUUGGGUGUCCCAGCCAGUCCCCACCGGGGGCUGAGCAGUGGGAGCAGGCCCUGGCACAGCUCAACGAGGAGGACGCCUGCUUUGAGUUCCGGCAGCAACAGCUCAUUGUACAUCGUGUACAUAUCACCUUCCUGCCCCAUGAGCCACCACCACCCCUGCCCCACGAUGUCACCCUGGUUGCCCAGCUCUCCAUGGACCGGCUACAGAUGCUGGAAGCCCUGAGCAGGCACUGGCCAGGCCCCAUGAGCCUGGCCCUGUACCUGACAGACGCAGAGGCCCAGCAGUUCCUGCAUUUCGUCGAGGCCUCCCCGGUGCUCUCUGCCCGGCAGGAUGUAGCCUACCACAUGGUGUACCGGGAGGGUCCCCUCUACCCUAUCAACCAGCUCCGCAAUGUGGCCUUGGCCCAGGCACUCACACCUUACGUCUUCCUCAGUGACAUUGACUUCCUGCCUGCCUACUCCCUCUACGACUACCUCAGGGCCUCCAUUGAGCAGCUGCAGCUGGGCAGCCAGCGCAAGGUGGCUCUGGUGGUGCCAGCAUUUGAGACCCUGCACUACCGCUUCAGCUUCCCCACUUCCAAGGCGGAGCUGCUGGCCUUGCUGGAUGCUGGCUCUCUCCACACCUUCAGGUACCACGAGUGGCCCUGGGGUCAUGCGCCCACAGACUAUGCCCACUGGCGGGAGGCUAAGGCCCCAUACCGCGUGCAAUGGGCAGCCGACUAUGAGCCCUACGUGGUGGUGCCGCGUGACUGUCCUCGUUAUGACCCUCGCUUUGUGGGCUUUGGCUGGAACAAGGUGGCCCACAUCGUGGAGCUGGAUGCACAGGAAUAUGAGCUCCUGGUGCUGCCUGAGGCCUUCGCCAUCCACCUGCCCCAUGCUCCCAGCCUGGACAUCUCCCGCUUCCGCUCCAGCCCCACCUAUCGUGACUGCCUUCAGGCCCUCAAGGAGGAGUUCCACCAGGACUUGUCACGCCACCAUGGGGCUGCUGCCCUCAAAUACCUCACUGCCUUGCAGCAGCCCCGAAGCCCUGCCUGA